UGAAUCGAGAAGUAUGUGACGUAACAUAAGGACAGGAAGUUUUUCUGAAGUGUGACUUUUGCUAUAAUUUCUACUUUAUUUACUACGGCUCUGCAUCAAAAUGCCUGAUAGAUGUGCAGUUUUCGUCUGUUCAAACCGAGCAAAUUCUGCGGAAAGAAUUUCUCUUCACCGUAUACCAUUUUACGGUGAUGAGCGUCCUGAAGCGAAGCGAAGACGUAAAAUCUGGGUGAAUUUUGUUGCAAGAAAACGCGCUCAAUGGACACCGACUAAGUAUUCGGCUGUUUAUUAUUGUGAUGGCAAAGAAAUUUGGGCAAAGUUCAAAUCUUUCCUGAGUCACAUAGUAGACAAGCACACCAAUUUGGAUAAUCCACUGUUUUCAAGUUGUUUUCAUGGCCCUGAUAUUAAACCAAGGGAAUAUUUGUUAGAAGGUUCAGUUGCUCAUGAAAAGCUUAGUGCUAAAUUGUUAAACCCACAGCUGAUGAAGUCAAUUCACCAGGCUUCACCUGUUGCUCAAACAAGUUGUUUGGAAAUAUUCCUUUCUGUCCUGAAUCAUUUUGCUCCAAAAAUGAUUCAUUAUUCCUAUGUUGGAAUGUAUUGCAGGUGGGCGAAAAUUUCCAAUAUGACAAUAGUAUGUGGAUGAAUUAUUUGAGAGUGUGAUGCUGUCAAUAAAAGACAAAGACGCAUUAUCAAAUUCACAAAAUCUUUUGAAAGAAAUGUCCCCACCACCAAUGAAUGUCAUGCUGCAAAAGCAACCCAGAGCUGAGGUGUUACUAAA